AUGUUCCUGCCCGUCAAAUCCAGCACGUCACCGGGAGGCAAUGAAACGACGAACGGCGAAGAUGUUACCACCGUAACAUGCAACUCAACGCAAACACCGUGCGAUCUGAGCCCACCGAACAUGUCCAACGACGACAUACUGCCCCAGGCCCACCACCAGAACCCCGGCCACUGCAUAGCGUCCUUCACCACCAUCAACCGCAUGAGACAGAACUCGCAGCUUUGCGAUGUGAGGCUCGAGGUUGCCGGCGAAGCGAUCAACGCCCACAAAGUCAUUCUCGCUUCGGUUUCACCCUACUUCUACGCCAUGUUCAACGAUGACAUGCUCGAGCGGAACUGCGACGUGGUUACACUGCACGAUAUUGACGCUUCCUCGUUGAAGCAGCUCAUCGAGUACGCGUACAGCGGCGAAAUCACCAUCACCGAGGACAACGUUCAGGUAUUGCUGCCCGCGUCCAGCUUGCUGCAGAUACAGUCGGUGCGUGAAGCGUGCUGCAAGUUCCUGCUACGCCAACUGCACCCGUCGAACUGUCUAGGCAUUCGUAGCUUCGCAGAUGCCCACUCGUGCAAGGAGCUCCACUCCCGAUCCCACCGCUACGCGCUCCAGAACUUCCAGCAAGUCGUCGGCACCGAGGAGUUUUUAUUGCUAGGAUUUAAUGAGGUACAAGAUUUGAUAUCAAACAGUCAGCUGAAUAUCUGCUCCGAGGAGAAAGUGUUCGUGGCCGUGCUGAACUGGGUGAAGCACGAUCUGAACGAGCGCAAAAAGCACAUCUCGGAGCUGAUGUCGCACGUCCGGUUGCCGCUGGUGAACCGCGAGUUCCUGAUGAACUGCGUCGAAACGGAAGCGCUGGUCCGCGAGGAUCCGCACUGCAAGGAACUGCUUCUUGAAGCCAUGAAGUAUCAUUUGCUCCCGGAGCAGCGCAGUGCCCUCGUCACCCAGCGUACGCUCGAACGGCGCCCGGAAGGGAUGCGUUCGUACAUCUUCGCCGUCGGCGGCGGAAGUCUUUUUGCGAUCCACAACGAGUGCGAGUGCUACAAUCCGAAGACGAACGCCUGGAUGACGAUUUCGCCGAUGAUUUCACGCCGCUCCCGGGCCGGUGUCACGUCGCUCCGGAAGCUCCUGUACGUCGUCGGUGGGUACGACGGCGAGAACGACCUGGCGACGGCCGAAUGCUACAAUCCGCUCACGAACGAGUGGACCAACAUUACGCCGAUGGGCACGAAACGGUCCUGUCUCGGGACGUGCGCCUUCGACGGGCUGCUGUACGUGUGCGGCGGGUACGAUGGGGCGUCCUGUUUGAGCAGCGUCGAGCGCUACGAUCCGUUGACCGGCGUUUGGACGUCGUGUCCGGCGAUGAGCACCCGGCGCCGUUACUGCCGGGUGGCCGUGCUCGAUAACUGUAUCUACUCGCUCGGGGGCUUCGACUCGAGCAACUACCAAUCGUCGGUGGAGCGGUUCGAUCCGCGGGUCGGAAGCUGGUCGUCGGUGCCGAGCAUGACGUCCAGACGGAGUAGCUGCGGAGUGGCCGCCCUCGACGGCUAUCUGUACUGCAUUGGCGGCAGCGAUGGGACCAUGUGCAUGCAGACGGGUGAACGAUUCAACCUGCGGACCAACGCCUGGGAGCCCAUCAGUGCCAUGCACUCGCGAAGAUCAACCCACGAGGUCGUCGAAGCGAACGCCUCCCUGUAUGCGCUCGGCGGCAACGAUGGCUCAUCGUCCCUCAACUCCGUCGAACGGUACGAACCGAAGGUAAAUAAGUGGACCAUCGUCACAUCGAUGCUGACCCGCCGCAGCUCCAUCGGUGCCUCGGUGCUGGAGUGCUUCAAUCUCGAGCGCGGCCUACUACAGACCAGCAUUUGA